AAUUUCUACUCCCAUUUUCGCAGCAUCCCAAAACAAACAACAGUUGAAUUUCUCUUUAUCGAUCGCCUCUAACUCCGCAAAAAUCACAAGCCAAAGAGCAGGCAAAAAGGGAUUACAUGCAUGUAUCUGCAUACACCAACAAAUCUAACGAUCUAUAAUUUCAGUUUAGUCCCCUUAUUUGUCAAAUUUCCCUGUUUACAGUUGUGAAUCUCGAAAUCGUUUCUCCAAUCCGCAUUUGCGAGUAUUGAGUUCGCGAUUACAAGAAAGAGUGGAAUUUAGAUGGUGUAUUUGCGGUGUUUGGCUAUGGGUGUUUGCUUUGACUAUUCGUUAUUUUUACUGAGAAUGUGGUAAAGGAAGUGUCUCUUACUCAAACAUUUGCAUAAUGGCGGAUGCGGAAGCUCUAUUAGAGGCCUCAGGAUCCAGAUUUAGUGAUCUGGAGCUCAUCGGAAGAGGUUCCUUUGGAGAUGUUUAUAAAGGGUAUGAUAAGGAACUCAAAAAGGACGUUGCCAUCAAAGUCAUUGAUUUGGAAGAAUCGGAAGAUGAGAUAGAGGACAUCCAGAAGGAAAUUGCGGUUCUUUCAGAAUGUCGAUCUCUAUAUAUUACCGAGUAUUAUUGUUCUUAUUUGCACCAAACUAAGCUGUGGAUAGUAAUGGAAUACAUGGCCGGUGGUUCUGUUGCUGAUCUGAUUCAACCAAACCAGCCACUUGAUGAAGUUUCGAUAGCUUGGAUUUUACGCGACUUGCUCCAUGCAAUUGAGUAUCUUCACAGCGAGGGAAAAAUUCAUCGCGAUAUUAAAGCGGCAAACAUUCUGUUGACAGAGAGUGGAGAUGUUAAGGUAGCAGAUUUUGGCGUUUCUGCUCAAUUGACAAGGACAAUUUCAAGAAGAAAGACUUUUGUAGGAACGCCAUUUUGGAUGGCUCCAGAAGUUAUUCAAAACUCUGAAGGAUACAAUGAGAAGGCAGAUAUAUGGUCUCUGGGGAUAACUGCAAUUGAGAUGGCAAAGGGUGAACCUCCACUUGCUGACCUCCAUCCUAUGAGAGUGCUUUUCAUCAUUCCUCGAGAAAAUCCACCACAGCUAGAUGAACAUUUCUCUCGUCCCCUGAAAGAAUUUGUUUCUCUCUGCCUGAAGAAGAACCCUGCAGAGAGGCCCAGUGCAAAGGAACUGCUUAAGCAUCGCUUUAUCAGAACUGCUAGAAAGAGUCCAAGGCUUUUAGAGAGAAUCAGAGAGCGCCCCAAGUUUCAAAUAGAUGGUGAGACUGAGAAUGGCCCAACACCCUUGGGAGAAGCUUCUGGCACUGUCAAAGUGAAUAGAGAAUCUGUAAAUGAAGAUACAGUUCGAGUCAGUAGUCAGGCAACGGGUCUGAGAAAUGCUGGAUGGGACUUCAGUAUUGGUGGGUCAGGUAGCACGGGAACUGUUCGAAGUGUUGUAAGACCACCUCAGGUGAGAGAAAGAAAGCCAGAAGUCCCAUUAAAUCAGUCUGCUCCUAGAAAAACAUUAGAUUCUAGUAACCAGCGGUCUUCUGCUUCUGGAACCACGCUUCAUACAACAUCAGAAUUCUCCACGAGGAAAGAUACCAACGAUGCGGUCAAGCAAGAAAAUUAUCUUGAAGAUGAAGAUGCGAGUGGGACAGGAACUGUCAUUGUUCGAUCACCAAGAGGAGUUCCACGGUCCUCUCAGUUCAGCAGCCAAAGCUCAAUAUCUAGCAGCAAAUAUACCUCGGCUGAAGACGCUUCCAUCAGUGGCACUGUUGUUUAUCGUGGACAACAUGAUGAUUCAGAUUCUCCAAGAACUCCAAAGUCUAGGCUUGGGCUUCAAGAGAGAACUUUUAGUGCAGCUCUUGAAGACAGUGAAACAAAUCUUGCCGAGGCUAAGGCUGCAAUUCACGGAGGCAGAAAAGGAAGGGAAAGGUCUGCACUGAGCAAGGGGAACCGGGAUUUGCAAGAGAGCAGAAGGAUAGAGCAUGACCAAACAACGACAAGUUCUGACUCGUCAAGUCAAUCCAGAUAUUCUCGUGAUUAUUUUGAUGCUCAAAAGGCAUUUUCAAGAUCCCCGCAUUCAACUGAGGAUGUGGACAAUGCACGAAGUUCCGUAGCAGCUUUAUCUGCCCCUUUAUCAGUGCUUCUGAUCCCAUCACUUAAAGAUGCAAUUGUCGAUGAUCCAGGAGGUUCAGUCUUUCAGAGAGUGACCAAUGCUUUAAUAGAUAUGGAGCAUGCUAAGCCUGGGUCAUCUGAACUUUUUGUCACCAAGUUGCUUCAGCAAUUGGCAAGUUCAAAGGAAGGUUCUAUGAAAGACCUCCAGGAGCUUGCAGCUCGGAUCUUUGUAAAGGGAAAGAUAGAAACACAGGCAACAAAUGCAGAAGCUGAUAGCAAAAAGAAGCAACCAAACAAGGAGCUUCAUUCAAAUGCCAAUAUGAGCCCACUCGCAAGGUUCUUGCUGUCUAGAAGAACGGUGCCUUCUCCCAAUCUCACUUCACUCAAAAUCGAGCAAGUGAAAGCUCUUUGUAUAUAGAAAAUUUCCCAUUUUCGUAGUGAAGCAAUCUUGUUGUUCGUGACAUACUCUAUUUCUACUAACUCGAAGUGUUAUGUCUACUAAUACAGAUGGCAAGGCUUUGCUUCCCGGGAUUUAAAUUCUUGACAAUUGAGGUCAGAUAUCUUUUUUUGGUGAAUGUCUUUUGGUUGCUAGCUAAUGAGUGAAUACCUUAUUUAUAGCUUUUCCUGUUGACCUAAAAUUUUCAUGAUUAUCAAGUUUUUUUUUUUUUUUCCUUCUGUUGUGCGAAAGGUUUCCAGUUCGCUUGUUGUAAAGAGUGAUGGGCAUAUUGUAUUUGGCAAGGUUAACAUUAGUCACAUGAUUAUAUAUGAUCUACUCUAACUAUGUACAAUCUCUAAGAUUAUAAGUUUGCUUAAAUGAAGCAACUUGGUUAUUUUUCA